AUGUCUCCACCGCUUUCCUAUCCUGGUCUCAAGUGUGUUUUGGAGUUUUUGGACACGAAGAAACGGAUUCAUCUGACAUCCCGCAGUCGUUCUCUUCGAAAAAUCGAUGACUCCAUACCUUUUCGAGCAAAAAUUCUACGUAUAUGGGAAAACUGCUUACUCCUGGAUGAUAUAGUAUUCCAACCCGAUUUAGAAAGAAUUGCUGACACUGACAAGGAGGUCAUCGAGCGAUUGAAGAGGGAGGAAGCUAAGGGAAAAGAAAUGAUUGCUUUUUUGAUAAGGAGAUUUAAUAUUCAUGUAGACGAAGUUACGUUCUGCGAUGUAAAGUCUCUGCAUGAGUGUCCUGUUGGAAAACUUGACUUGAUAGUUAACAAGAUUUCAAACAGUGGAAGCGACUUUGAAGAGUUCCUUCCUAUGAUCGAUAAACGCAGUUUCCCACUGACAGAGUUCAGUUGUCUAGUCAAGGGUCCCAUCAAUCAUCCCAUUGUACAUUCAGCUAAACAUUUGGACUUUAUGAUGUACCAGUGCCACACAAAGUUUCCUGGUGUAGAGAAGCUGCCAAAUAAAAGUGCAGUGUUCCGGCAUUAUGGUCUCAACAGUGGCGACAUUCUGGAAAUAAUCAAGUAUUGGAUGAAACAUGGAAAAGAAAAGGGCACCGAGUUCUUGUUUGGCUAUGAGAAAAAACAAAGUGAAUCCCUGAAGACAAUGUUCAAGUUAAUGGUAGAACAGUUUCUUCAGUAUCAGAAUAACUUGGAGGGAGUCAGUGAGAAAUUUCUCCCCAAACAUCCACGAUUCCUGAUUCCAGUUGAUUCAACAAAGAGGAUUCAGGUAUUCGGAAGAGUUCCACCAAAACGCUAUUACGAUCCACAACAACUUGUGUUGAGAGUAGUGUAA